GUUCGCGUCUGUCCUUUGAAGAAGUAACAACACAAGUGAUACACUCUCGGUUAAGGUGAUUCGGCUCGUGAUUCUACAAACCGAUAAAGCAAUAUAUCUGAGAUGAGACUAAGCACGAUGUUUUUAGAAUUGUCAAUGAAAAUUUUAUUAUACAUCCUUGUAAUGACAAUGGCUUUUUCUAUCAAAAAAGAAGUGAAAUAUGUGCGGCAUAGUGAGGAUUUUUCGUUUAACGUUCUGACACCGUUACAUCAUGAAUUGCAUCUAUCACUAAAGCCGGGUCAUGUGACCCAUGGAAAAUCCAUAAUUAAUUUUAACAUUCAUACACCAACACGAUACAUAAGUUUAUUUACAUCAAAUUAUAUAAUUAUAAACAUAGUAUAUUUAAUAUCAAACGAUAAUGACAAUAUCUAUAAACCAUUUAUUUACAAUAUCGUUAUAAGGGAUAAUGUCGUUCUUGAUUUUUACCAAUCCUUUACCUAUCCUGAAACUAAGUUGAAUGUCGGAUCAUAUACCUUACAAGUUUAUUUUUCAAUCUCUGAGACUGACGUACUUUGGCGAACUUGGAACACAGACGAAGAAGAAAAUAACAAGUUUAUCGCAACAUUGUUCCAGUCCUCAGACAUUCUGCCAGUUCUAUUUCCAUGUUUUCAAACAUAUGAAUUCGUCACCCUUAGCAUCACAGUUGAACAUGAUAAACGAUACAGAGUUUUAUCGAAUAUGCCGAUAAAAACUCAAAGUAUAUCUAAUGACACGAUGCUUACGCUUUUCGACAACUUUCCUCAUACAUAUAUUUACGAAGUAACAUUAAUUCUAAUGGCAUCUGAUAUGACACCUUCAUAUCCCAUCGGAUAUGAUUCUUAUCUCAGUCCUUAUUCGAUAAUAACGAUUUACACGUGGAGCAAGUCAAAUUUGGUACCACGCAUGAAAUUUGCGCAACAUAUUCUCGGAAAUGUAACCAAGUAUUUAGAUGACAAUUGGAAUAUUACGAGGAGAAACCCUAAGAUAGAUUGCGUUGUUAUUCCGAAUUUCGAGGACAAUAUCACGCAGACUUGGGGAUUGCAACUUACAAUGAAGCACAUAUUACCUACAUUGAAAAAUUAUAUCAUGCCUAUAAAGGUAAGGCAAUGCGCUCAAUAGCUCAUGAUAUAAUAUAUCAAUGGUUCGAUGGUUUCUUCUAUUCUUGGUAUAAUAACCAGUUGUUAAACGAGGGUUUCAUUAAGUUCAACGAAGCACAUAUCAUUGGAAAGGUUUUUCCAAACACUCGAAUGAUGGACUUGUUCAUAAUUCAAGAUCAGCAUGAAUAUCGUUAUAUGGACGUACGCUUUCCUAUUAAUAUUUAUGCAAUAUUUACAUCAAACAGAUUUAAAAUUAAGUCAUUUUCUAUUCGUCAACGUAUUAUAGGACCCAUUGCAUGGCGCAUGUUAGAAAGUGUAAUGCCCAAUAAUUCGUUAUGGGAGAGUAUCAACUCAUAUCUAAAAACAGAGUAAGUGACAAACCUAUUUUAAUAUAUAUGUAUAAUAUACUUUAUUAUAAUGAAGAUAUUGGACAAUGUU